AUGGUUCAAGGUGCAAAGAAUGUCAUAAGUGCUUGCCAGGAAUGUAGAGUGAGAUGCUUGAUAUAUAACGAUUCAGUAGAUGUUGUAGAUGGUGGUUUGCAUGAUAUUCAUGAUGGAGAUGAGUGGUUGGUGUCUACGUGGAAAACUAACAACACGUUAAAUGACCUUAAGGCUCAAGUGGAAGCUUUGAUCCUGAGUGCCAAUGACAUUGAUGGCGUAUUGACAUGCUCUCUUCGUCCUAGUAAUGUUUUUGGACUUGGUGACCCAGAAUUUGUGCCAUACUUUCUCAAAUUAUCAAGAUAUGGUUUUUCAAAGAUUUCACCUUUUUCUGAAAAUGUUACUCAUGCCUAUAUCUGUGCAGAAGAAGCCUUAAAUUUCCAAAAAGUUUUUGUAGCAGGAAAGAAACAAAGCUUCAAGAAUUAUUUUGAUGAUGCCAAGGAAUUUCAAAGAUCAUUCAAGAUGAAUUUCAAGGAUGAAGAAAGCAAGAUGUCAAGCAAAAGAUCUCAAGAUAAGAUAUAA